AUUUGUAAUACCUGUCGUGCAUCCAUUCAUUCUCCACACGAGAGCGGAGGACACCACGGUCAUUUAACAAGCUUCCCGAAUCUACACAACAGUUCGUUACUUAACAUUACCGAAUACUGAUAACAAAUACUGAUAACAGAUACAAUAACAACAGUUAACAAGAACGCACCCACUCACACACGCUAUAUAGAAAUCACGCUUUCGGUAUUGAUGGUAUCUGUAAACCCUAAUCAAACCCAAGCUUUUUACUUCUUCGAUCCUUCAAAUAUGGGUCUUCCCGGUGUCAACCAACUUCCACCUCCGCCGCCACAACCACCUACUAGCGCCGCCGCAUCCACCACUUCCGAGGACCCGAAUAAGAAGGUCCGAAAACCUUACACGAUUACUAAAUCCAGAGAGAGUUGGACUGACCAGGAGCACGACAAGUUUCUAGAAGCUCUCCAAUUAUUUGAACGUGACUGGAAGAAGAUUGAAGCCUUUGUUGGUUCAAAAACAGUUAUCCAGAUACGGAGUCAUGCACAAAAGUAUUUUCUCAAAGUUCAGAAGAGUGGAACAAGUGAACACUUACCUCCUCCUCGGCCAAAGAGAAAAGCGGCUCACCCAUACCCUCAAAAAGCUCCAAAAAACGCUCCUACUGCAUCCCAAGUCACAGGGCCAUUGCAAUCUUCCCCUGCUUUUGUUGACCCAGCAUACAUUUAUAGCACAGAUUCAUCAUCUGUGCUUGGAACACCAGUUACUAGUCUGCCUUUGUCAUCUUGGAACUACAAUGCUAAACCACUAGCCAGUGUGCCACAAUUGACUACAGAUGACACGGGAUGGACUGGAUCUGGACAAGCUGCUCCACUUAAUUGUUGCAAUAGCAGCAGUAAUGACAGCACUCACCUGGCUUUGCCAAGUAGUAAAGGGAUUAAUCAAGGCAAUACGGGCAAGCCAGUUCAUGUCAUACCAGAUUUUGCACAAGUAUACAACUUCAUUGGCAGUGUAUUUGAUCCAAAUUCAACUAAUCACCUACAGAGAUUAAAGCAGAUGGACCCAAUAAAUGUUGAAACGGCACUGCUGUUGAUGAGAAACCUCUCCAUUAAUUUAAUGAGUCCAGAAUUUGAGGAUCAUAGGAAGCUACUGUCGUCAUAUGAUGCUGACAGUGAAAAGGAAAAGUUUGCUAAUCCAAGCAGCAGCAAAGCCAUGACUGUUGUUAAAUCUGAAAAUGCCGUUUUUUCUGCUUAGGGUGUUAUCAGUGGUUUGUCUUGAAGACGGGGCUUUCCAAUUUAUUUUGUGAAUACAUAAAAUAGGAGAAAGAGGAGCUGAGGACAAAAGGUUUUGCUAAAAAAAAAUUGUAGAGUGUAAAUGGUUGCAUCAUGCAUGUACAUAGAACACAUAUAUUAUUUGUGCCUUUUUGAUAAAUUUCUUGUCUGUCUGCCCUAGUAUUUUGUAUGGACUAUGCGUAUAAAGCACGAAGAUGGCUGUGCUAGAAUGCAGGUUUAGGUUACUUGUGGAGGCUAUGAUGUACAGUUCGUUGAGUACUUUCCAGGGUUAUGCUUUCAAGCUUCUUUCAAAUAUUAGUACGGAAGAGCGGUUUUAGGAUUUAGGAGGUGCUGUUUAUGUUGUAUAUACACUAAUAAAACAUCACUGUGGAUAGUUAAGUUUGUUUACAUGCAUUGUGAAUACUUGAAUAAGGCCAAGGUCAUGAAAAGUCUAAGUCUGAUCAAUCAAUGAAUUCAAGGUUUGGUCUGUAAUAUAUUAGUAGAUUUAUUUGGUUUGGUAUCUACUAUGUUAGUAGAUUUAUUUGGUUUGAUAUGUAAUAUGUUAGUAGAUUUAUUUUUAUGUGAGUUUUGACAUUUUUAAA